AUGAAAAUUGCAGAUAUUACAAAAAUCCAGACCAAUUACCCAAAAUGUACAAAUAUCCACGAAAACUACGAAAUAGAGACCAUCCAGGAACCGCGGUUCACCACUCAACCUUCCAGCAGCGGCAAUAUUCUUAGCGAAAAUCGGACGAAAUUUCUGCAGUGUCAAGCGAGAGGAAAUCCCCAGCCAAAGUACAAGUGGUUCAAAGAUGGGGUACCUCUCAGCAACGAGCUUACCUCGGAGCCUUACUUUCGAAUACAAAGUACACGUAGGGAAGACGCAGGGGUCUAUCACUGUGUCGCCACGAACGACGUAGGAUCUAUAUUUAGUGAAAGAAUUACAUUUACGGUAGCAUAUAUGGGAGUGUUCGAGGACCUCACAGAGAGGAUAGUGAGCGUGAAAUCGGGCAGCGCGGCUGUUCUAACGCUGCCGCCGAUAGAGAGCCAUCCAGCACCUGACGUCACCUGGUUCACGUCCGACGGCUCGUUGCUCUACGGCAUAAAGUAUGCGUCGGUUCAUCACACGUUGCUUAUCCUGAACGCGUCCGAGGGCGAUCAAGGCCUGUACAGGGCGAGAGCCAUUAACACCCAGUUGGGUAAAGAGGAGAACAGCCCCUUUUUCAAGCUGCAAGUCACAGGAGACGCGAACGCUGAGGUGGCACCUAGUAUCAUAGUGAAACCGCAGGACACUCAAAUCAUCAAGGACCAGGACGUUACCUACAUACAUUGCAUAGCUAAUGCUAGGUCUCUUCACGAGUUGCGAACUUUAUGGACGAAAGACGGGAUCCCCAUCGAGAACUCGAGGAUAUCGUAUAGUUUUAACGACUCGUGGAACAGAACUCUGGCGUUGAUAUCGGCAAACAUAACUUACACCGGCGUGUACUCCUGCCACGUGGAUCUAAGAAGCGGCGGAUAUCCAACAGUGAACGCGAGCGCAAAAGUUGUCGUGUACGAAAAGCCUACUUUUAUAACGGAAUUAAAGCGAGAGACUCUUAGCGAUUAUGGAUCAACUGUAACGUUGCCGUGUGAUGCUGUCGGUGUGCCACCUCCUAAAAUCACUUGGUUUCGAGACGCAGAGCCUGUCGACCACCUCCUUGGAUCCAGAUACGCGCUGGAAGAAGAUGGCUCGUUGACAAUUAAAAAAUUGACCAUGGCCGACUCGGGAAUGUUUCAAUGUCUCGCGUCGAACGAAGCCGGCGAAGCAUCCAGCUGCACCUGGUUAAAGGCAAAAAAAGGAUUAGAAAGCAGACUGAAAAACAGAGUUGCCCGCUGGGCAGCUGGCUACAAUGUAGUCAGAGUUCGCCAAUCUGAUCGCCGUUUUAAGUUCUCUCAAUAUCCAGACACAUCUGGGCCAAUAAUGGAGAACGGUCCGCAAAAUCAAACUAUACUAGAUGGAAAAGAUGCAACUUUAACGUGUAACGCCGUGGCAGCCCCGAUACCCAACACCACGUGGAUUUACAAUGAUACGAUUCCUGUGGAGAUCGCCGGCAGAGUACAGGUUUUAGACAACGGUGAUCUUUUAAUUGCUGCGGUGAAACCGAACGACGCCGGGAAAUACACGUGUAUUCGAGCGAAUGAAGCCGGUUCUGUAAAUGGUUCAGCCUAUCUCACCGUUUUAGUUCGGACGCAAAUUGUCCAACCACCUGUUGAUACCUCCGUCCUGCUCGGCUAUACCGCGGAAUUACAAUGCAAAGUUUCCAACGAUCCAAGUGUUUUGUACGAUAUAGCAUGGUUUCACAAUUCACAAGUAAUAAAUACACAAGCCAGCCAAAGGGUGAAGAUGCGAAACGAUGGUACGUUGGAAAUAGCUGCCGUUCGUGCUUCUGACGUGGGUGAAUACAUGUGCUCUGUGGUCUCUCCCGGUGGGAACGAGACUAGAUCCGCUCGUCUCAGUGUAAUCGAAUUGCCGUUCGCGCCGAUAAAUGUGAUGGCCAGCCGAGUCGAACGGAUUUCACCUCGUACCAUAAACGUCAGUUGGGUCCCAGGUUUCGACGGGAACAGUCCAACGAAAAAGUUUAUCGUCCAAAGGCGAGAGGUUUCCGAUCUUGGACCAAUACCUGAUUCUGCGCUGAAUUGGAUCACCGAGUGUAACAACGUCUCGGCGCAAAAUCGUUGGGUGGUACUGAACAAUCUGAAAGCCGCUGCUGCGUAUCAAUUUCGAGUGACCGCGGAAAAUAGCGUUGGCGAGGGACCUCCGUCGGAUCCUAGCAACGUGGUAGUCCUUCCGCAAGAGCCACCGAGUGGACCGCCGGUAGGAUUUGUUGGUUCGGCACGGUCAUCCUCGGAAAUAAUCACGCAAUGGCAGCUGCCGUUAGAAGAAUACCGAAACGGCCAUAUUUUAGGAUACAUGUUGAGAUAUAGAUUAUACGGUUACAACGACAAUCCGUGGACGAUACAGAAUAUCACCAACGAGGCGCAAAAGAACUACCUUAUUACCGACCUGAUCACCUGGAAGGAUUAUAUCGUGCAGAUAGCGGCGUACAACGACAAAGGUGUCGGAGUGUUUACAGAAGGUUUGAAGAUCAAAACCAAGGAAGGAGUGCCCGAGGCUCCGCCCACAAAUGUAAGGGCGAAGGCCGUUAACUCAACGGCGAUAAAAGUAUGGUGGAAACCACCGAAUCCGCAAAAGAUCAACGGAAUAAAUCAGGGCUAUAAAUUGCAAGCCUGGAUCGGUCGUAAUUUCACCGAAUCGAACGAGUAUAAAUCGAUGACUGUGCCGCCUAGCUUGUUCGAUCCCCUCGCGGAGCAAAGUGCCAUCAUGACCGGUUUAAAGAAAUACACCUUGUACAAUAUAACCGUGUUGUGCUUCACUGACCCGGGCGACGGCGAGAAAAGUUCUCCCGUUCAGAUUCGUACGCGCGAGGACGUGCCCGAGGAAGUGGAGAAUCUACAGUUCGAGAACAUAAGCGACCGUUCCCUCACGGUCAAGUGGAACUCUCCGCUCGAGGUCAACGGGAUUCUCACUCUCUAUCAGUUGAAAUACAUGAUGAAAGACGUGCCAGAUUCACUGCGAGUGGAGAACUUCACGUCGGACGUUCUCUCGGCCAAAAUCGAGCAUUUGCAAGCAAUGACUCAUUAUAGAUUCGAGGUCGUCGCUUGGACGUCAGUAGGCCCUGGGAAACCUGCGGUGGCUGUCAUUCAGUCAGGCGUCGAACCUGUUCUGCCUGAACCGCCGACUAAACUGGCGCUGUCUAACAUAGACGCGUUCUCCGUUGUCCUUCAAUUCACGCCAGGAUUCGACGGCAACUCGUCGAUAAUAAAGUGGACAGUACAAGCGCAAACCACUCGGAACACGACGUGGUACAAUAUAUAUGAAGUUUCAGAUCCUGAUGCCAGUACAAUCACUGUAGGUGGACUAAUCCCAUUCAUGCAGUAUAAAUUAAGAUUAAUUGCCAACAACGUUGUCGGCGCUUCUCAACCCUCCGAGCCAACGAAAGAAUUCCAAACGAUCCAAGCACCACCGUCACAUCCUCCUAGAAACGUCACGGUUCGUGCAAUGAGCGCCACGGAAUUACGCGUCCGAUGGAUCCCGUUACAACAGAUCGAGUGGUACGGAAAUCCAAGGGGUUACAAUGUUACUUACACCGAAGUUCGAACGAACAGAUCGAAAAGCAUAACUAUAGAAGAUCACACAGCGAACUCGUACAUUUUAAAGGACAUGGAGGAGUAUGCUCUUUAUGAAAUUGCAAUGCAAGCGCUUAACGACGUCGGGUCGUCGAUGACGAGUCCGAAAGCUGUUGAAAGAACCCGCGAGUCAGUUCCCUCGAUGGGGCCUAUCAACGUAGAAGCUAACGCAACGUCCUCCACGACCAUAUUGGUCAGAUGGGGCGAUGUUCCUAUAGAACAUCAGAAUGGACAAAUAGAAGGGUUUAAAGUUUAUUACGGUGCAAACGCUAGGUCAGCAUUCCAGUAUAAAAACAUUCCUAGUAACACGACGUUCACGACGACUUUAACGGAACUUCGAAAAUUCGUGCAAUAUCACAUACAAGUACUAGCUUAUACACGGCUUGGCGAUGGCACUUUAAGCACUCCGCCAGUUAGAGUACAAACAUUUGAAGAUGCUCCUGGACCUCCGUCGAACGUAUCAUUUCCCGAUGUAAGCUUCACCACCGCCCGUAUUAUUUGGGACACUCCAGAAGAUCCGAACGGAGAGAUUCUCGCCUAUAAAGUUAUGUUUCAUCUGAAUAACAGCCAGGAUCAUCAAUUUUCGAAGGAGUUCCCUGCAUCGGAUAGAACGUUUAGGGCAACUGGACUAGAGCCAGAAAAAUACUACAUGUUCUCGGUAACAGCACAAACGAGAUUAGGCUGGGGGAAAACAGCGUACGCUCUUGUUUUCACUACAAAUAACAGAGAACGUCCGCAAGCGCCGUCGAUGCCGCAAAUUAGCAGGUCACAAAUUCAAAGUAGACAGAUUACGUUUAAUUGGACACCUGGUCGUGAUGGAUUUGCUCCAUUAAGAUAUUACACAGUACAACAAUCAGAAAAUUCAGGACCAUUCCAAACUAUUCCUGAAAGAGUAGAACCAACUUUAACAUCUUACACAGCAAACAAUUUGAAACCAUUUACAUUCUAUCAAUUCCGAAUACAAGCAACUAACGAUAUAGGUCCUUCGACCUGGAGUACGGAAUCUGUUCAAGUUCAAACUUUACCAGCAGCACCUUCUCGUGGAGUUACCGGAUUGAAAGUAGUUCCAAUAACAACAUCUAGCAUAGAGGUUCAUUGGAACGUAAUAGAUGAGGUAUAUUGGAGCGGGGAUCACGAAACAGGUGGUUAUCGCGUCGUUUAUCAACCAGUUUCCGACUUUCCCAUAGCUCUUCAAGAUACUCCGAAGGAAGAAAUUUUAGGAAUAAAGGCUGCGAAGAUUGUUUUAAGCGAUUUAACAGAAGACAGGUAUUACGAGGUAAUAGUGUUACCCUUUAAUUCUGAAGGAGAAGGUCCAUCGAGUCCUCCAGUAACCGUAUAUGUAGGAGAAGCAGUUCCUACGGGAGAACCGCAACAUCUAAAAGCGGAACCAAUUUCUUCUACAGAAGUACAUUUACGUUGGAAACCACCUCAAGCCAAUAUGCAAAAUGGAGAUUUAUUAGGAUAUAAAAUUUUCUAUUUAGUUACUGACUCUCCUCAAGAUUUAGAGAACAAACAGGAAGAAGAAAUAGAAGUUGUACCUGCAUCGUACUUGACACACAGCUUGGUGUUUUUAGACAAAUAUACAGAAUAUCGCAUUCAAGUAUUGGCUUUCAAUCCUGCCGGUGAUGGUCCUAGAACUCCAUCUAUCACUGUCAGAACUAAACAGGAUAUACCUGGACCACCGUACAAUUUACAAUUCUCAGAAAUUACAAUGACUAGUCUUCGCGUCUCUUGGGAAGCGCCAAAACUACGAAAUGGCGAAAUAGUUGGCUACAUUGUUACAUACGAAACUGCAGAACAAAAUGAUCGUUUUAGUAAGCAAGUUAAACAAAAAGUAACAGAAACAAGUCUACUAAUACAACCUUUAGAAGAAGAAGAGACGUAUACUUUUAUGGUUCGAGCGCAAACCAUUGAUUUUGGUCCACCCAUAUCCGGAAAUGUCACGACAGGUCCACAAGAAGGCUCACCAAUGGCACCUAGCAACCUUGCUGUCACAAAAACAGUGUCUAGUGUUGAAUUGCAAUGGACUAAUGGUGCUUCUGGGAAAGGACCCAUUCUAGGAUACUAUAUUGAAACACGCCGAAAAGCAAUGGAAGAGUGGCAGCAUUAUGACAGUCGUUGGCAGACGAUAGUACGUAGUAGUAAUGGACCAUUGACAGAGUAUUCUGUAUCGUACCAAAAUUUACUUCCAUCCACGUCAUAUUUAUUUAGGGUAAUAUCGUACAAUCGUUAUGGAAUUAGUUAUCCAGCAUAUUCCACAGAAACAAUUCUAACUCCAUCAAAACUAUAUCUUGAAUAUGCAUAUUUACAACAUAAGCCAUUUUACAGACAAACUUGGUUUAUGGUCACUUUAGCUGCUGCAUCAAUUAUAAUUAUUAUAAUGGUCAUAGCAGUGUUAUGCGUAAAAAGUAAAAGCUACAAAUAUAAACAAGAAGCACAAAAGACACUUGAAGAAUCUAUGGCUAUGGAUACGGAUGACAGGCAAGAGUCUGACUUGGAGCUUUAUAGAUCAAGACAAGGUGGUGGUGGUGCUAUGAAUAUAGCUAAUGCUUGUGGUACACUAGGCAAACGAAACACUUUAGCGAGAAAAUCUAUGCAUCCUCCUCCUCCUACGAUGUUAGGAAAAUCACCUCCUAGACCUUCGCCGGCCUCGGUUGCUUAUCAUAGUGAUGAAGAAAGUCUGAAAGGGUAUGAUGAAAAUCCUGACGACAGUAGCGUUACGGAGAAACCUUCCGAAAUUAGUUCAACGGAUUCACAGGGAUCUGAAAGCGAGAAUGAAAGUGUACAAUCGGAUCCACAUUCCUUCGUUAAUCAUUACGCUAAUGUUAAUGAUUCCCUAAGACAGUCCUGGAAACGUCAGAAACCAGUUAGAAAUUAUUCAUCGUAUACUGAUUCUGAACCUGAAGGUAGUGCUGUUGUCAGUUUAAAUGGGGGACAAAUUAUUAUGAACAAUAUGGCAAGGUCGAGAGCACCAUUGCCUGGUUUCUCGUCGUUCGUAUAAUUUGUUCAUAAUAAAAAGUUGAAGCUUUCGUUAAGUAGAUAGGGUGCCGAAUUAUAGCAAAAUGACACUUAUAAUCGUUAUGCAAUCAAAGUAAAAUAAAUUAAUGCUGAGCGAUAAUUGAUUUUAAAACAUAAAUGAAUAAUACGUUGAAAAAAGAAAGUUUUAAAUUGUUAAAUAUGUGCAAGAAGAGACUGGUUGUUAAAAAUUUUGAUCGAAGUAGAAUAGAGAAUUUUAAUAGCUCAGCAUUGAAAUUGAAAUAUACAGAGUUAAAGACUUAUGUUGAAACACAAAUUAACGAGUGUUUCACGCAUGCACUUCGUAUAGUAACUUUAACAUGCUUUUGGCACCAUCAUAUUGUGAUAUAUUGAAAUACAUAUUAUUUAUAAUUUUAGGUAAAGUCGAAAUGUGUAUAAUGAGUAUUUUUUACUUUUAUUAAGUGAAGUUGAAACAAAAUAUUGUAUGGAUCUCGAAUAAUGUAAUGAUUGCGCAUUUUUUUAAUUAUAAGAAAGUUUCUCAGAACAUUCUGUUAAUAUGACGUACUAAUGAAAUAGAAUAACAUCAUCAAUAAUAAUGAAAACAAUAUCGUAACGAAAACUGCCAGAGACUACAUAAUAACUACAUAAUAAACUCAAGAAACGAAAUAAUAUUUUAAUACUACAUUUAAUAUGAUAAAGAUGAUUAAAUUAUAAUCCAUUAAAACAUGAUAUAAUUAACUAUCAUCGAAUAUACUAAUCACAAUGUCACUCAUGAAUUUUUCAAUUCACUUAAUUCACACCUUGUGCUACAAAAUAAAAAUUGUAUGAUAUAGGACAUUGAUCUAAAUGUAUAAACAGUUCAUCAAGUUUACAAUCAGACCUAUCAUAUCAAUUUGAAAUGAUCUUCAUAGACUAAAGACGAGUCUGAUAAUGUUAUUGUACUGAUUAUACAAAUGUUUAUGUAAAAUGCGACUGCGAGCAUUUUUAUCUCUAAGGAACUUUGUUUUUAAUAUUAUUAUGUAUAAUGUACAUAAAAUUUAUAUAAAUUACGAGAAACAGCAAAUACUGAUACAACACUUGUACAUUUAGUGCUUAGACAACAUUAGAUAAAAUUUCAUGCUAAAUAGUCUUUGAACAACAUAUAUUUAUCUUCUUUGAAUAGAUAUAUAUAUCUAUCAUUUGUCUACAUCCUUCAUUUCAAAUCAUAAUAUGAAGAAAAAUGCGGCUUUAAUGCAUAUAAAGAACAUAUGCAAUCUAUUUAAUUCAUCAGAAUAUCACGAAUUCAUUUGUAGUAUAUAAUACACUUACAGUAUUGUAAAACAUUAUCAUACUUAUUCAAUUCAGUAACCUUCUUACCAUAAUGCAUUUAUUCUAUGUAAGUGAAAAACGUUUCAGACUGAUAUUGAUGCAUGAAAUGUUUUUCCUUGCUUAAUACUUAUUUUAUAACGAAAAAGAUCAUAAAACGAUAUAAACAAAACAUUAAGAAAUUGAAAAAAAAUUUUAGAUUUAGCGUAUAUUCUUCGACAAUAUACGCUAAAAUCUAGAAGCUUAUUGGAAAUGUAGAAAAACGUGUAACAUGAAUGAAAAUGAUUGAACAGUUUAAUUCUGGCAGCUAUAAUUCCAUUACAUUUAAAAGAAUAGCUAUUAAUUGUAUUUGGUUCACAACCAAAGUUAUAACUUUUAAUUUAGUUAAUUUCAAUUCAGCCAUAAUAUCAAUAUCAAUUUAAAAAUCAUAAUCAAUAUCUGUCAUAAACUAGGUAGCAAGUUAUUUGAUAAAUAUUUACUUUUAAAAACACAACAUUUUUACUACUAUGUUAGAAAACUUGCUUUCUAGUUUCUAUUGCAUAAUAUUGUUCAUAAAUACUGUAUCAUAAACAGUUAUUCUUCUCAGACAUGAAGAUAUAAUUGUUUCUACAACACUGCCAAUAAAAAUGAAUUCAAGAAUAAACUUAAAUCUAUGUAUUAAUAACAAAUUGAAACAAAUCGCGUUUGAAAUUAUACAUUACUUGUACAAGAUAUUUUAAGUACAUGUUAAUCUUUUAAUAAAAUUUAUAUAAUUUUA